AUGUCCACUAAUGACGCCGUGUUUCAACGGCGGAACAAGCAAAUCCAAGAUGCCAUUGACGGGCAGAAUCUCAAGCAGGCCCUGCAGCUAAUUGAAAAGCGCAUGAAGAAAGGGGAGGAUACCCGAUUUCUGAAGGUAUGGAAGGCUCAUAUUCUUUUCCGGCAUGUCGACAAUGCCCAUAGCCAGCGGGGUAUCGCAGAGACGCUCGAUUUGUGCAAAGCUGAACCCCCGACGACGGACCUCGACACUCUCGACAUUCUGUGCGAGACCUUGGAAGCGAUGGGUGGUCACAAAGAUACCGUGAGAGACUUGUGGGAGAAGGCCUCCAAGGCGAAGCCGCAAGAUUUGGAUCUUCAAAUGAAGUGGUUUACAUAUGCGUUCGAUGGCGAUGAUUGGAAAUCGGCGCAGAAGGCCGCCAUGACUCUCCAGAACAAUUUCCCAAAGAACCGGAAAUACUACUUCUGGGCCAUUUUCCUCAGUUAUCUUGUUGCUGUCGAUGGUGCCAGCUCCGAGACCGACCGUAAGCUCUUUGGUACCUUGGCGUAUCGCAUGGCGUCUAAGGCCGCUGAUAAUGUUCCUUCUGAUUCAAAAGAAUUGCUGAGCCCUCCGAGAGCUAUUCAAACCGCUGAAGAGCUACUCCUGCUUGCUAAGAUUUUCGAGUCUCAAGGGCGUCAUGCCGAGGUCGUAAAAAUCCUUGAUAGCGAAACACUUGGAAUUAGUUCUCGGGUCAUUCAGAAUGACUGGACUUUCGUUGGGGUAAAACUUGCCAAUCUAGAAAGGGCACAGAUGUGGCCAGAAGGCCUGUCGUACGCGAAGAGUCUUCUUGCAAUUCCCACCAACGAAGUGGAACAGAAAGCCCUUCAAGAGCGUGAUGAUUGGGCGGUUUGGAGCCUGCUAGUUGCUGCAGCCCGGAAUAUCAACACCCAAGAAAUCAUUGCAGAAACUCAAAAUUUCAUCAGCAAAUUCAUUGAACAUCAGCCAAAGUCGCGCAAUGCGCAAUUGGCUCGUCUUGAUCUGACCCAUUUCAGUUUCCAGUCGGGGAACUUGAACGCGGAUGACCUGAUCUCUGCCUGUCAGGGAUAUUUUGACUAUAACAAGGAUAAGCUGUAUUGCUUUGGUGACUUACGGGACUAUCUGUCAGCACUGGAUAGGGACUCUGUCUCAAGAUUUGUGGAAUAUUCAGCCAAAGCCCAAGGGGAAGCAGAUGCGAAGAACAAAGGGGUUUCAACUAUCAAUGCACUCAAAUUUGAGUACUGCUUCCUGCUCUCAGCUGACGAACCCAACGUGUCCAAGUCCAAAGUGGAAGAGUAUGUCUCGCGUUGUCUGCAAAAGUACCGCGAGACUGCCCGCCCUGAACAAACCGCUGCUUCAUCUACGAUUGAAAGCCAGCCGAGUGAUGAUCUGUGCCUCCUUGCUGCUACGAGCUUGAUCCGCUUCAGCGCAGUCUUAGUCUCGGAGAAUAAGGAACAAGUGCUCAAUCUUAUCCUCAUCCGCGCAGCAGCCAUUCUGGAACGUCUCCUCAUUGAUUCUCCCCAUAAUUACCAGGCACUACUUUCACUUACGCGUAUCUACCUCCGUCUUGGAGCGGGAUCUCUGGCCCUGAAAACAUUCAGCAGGCUUUCCGUUAAGCAGCUGCAAUUCGAAACGGUUGCCCAUAACCUCUUCACGCGCCUCUCCACCAUCCAUCCGCAGUCGGCCCCGCCUAUCGAGGGCGCCGAAUACAAGGACUUCAACCCGCAGUCCGCAUUUGUAAAGGCUCUGAACUUCUAUCGAACAGCCGAAAUCACGACGGUCAGGAACCGGUCGAAUGGCUUAGGUUAUGGCAGCUAUGUGAAUAUUGAGGGGACAAUAGAUCUACAGAAACGCCUGAAGCACAGUAUCUGCCGAAGGCUGUGGGCACUCGAAGUGCGACGUAUCCAGAGGCUGGUCGGCGGAGACCCUAUGAGUCGCUACGAGGACGUUGCGAGAGACUCAUCUCCCUUGGUCGACCAGCGCGUGUUCGACGCAUUUAUGAACUAUGAAGCCCCCGGUCAACCGACUCUAGAGGAACGGGUGCGUCUGGGACCUCUGCCGCGGGAACAAUGGGUGAAGUCGGCCAGAAUGGUCGAUCAGCUAUUUGGAAUGCUCAAAGACUCGAUCCUUCAAAAACCAAUGUCAGCCGAACCCCAACUACCUGAUUUGGGGGAUCUUGUCGGAUCCAAUGCAACUUCUGAGAUGACCGAGCCGGAGAUAGAGGGUGUCAAGGUCAAUCUGAACCUCUUCACGGUGGCAUUGUUCCUCAGUGGCUCAAAAUCCGUCUUACUUGAGCAAGUCCAAAGCUGCUUAUCUCAGGUGGGAGAAUGGCUGGACGGUAAGUCGAAAGAGUAUGCCAUGCGCGAUGACCAGAUCUCUCCUGCUAUCUUAAACACAGCGAUCUUCUUGAAGUCCGAGACAUCAUUUGCCCCAUCAUGGAAGAGCUUCCACAGCCUGUUUACCGUUCUGGAGUCACUCAAGGCAGCGUCAUUCAUAUCAACUAUUGCUACCAGAAAGGGCUCCAAGGCCACCAAGUUGCCGAAGGAUCAAGUCGAACGAUUGGCCGAAUCCACGCGCCAAGUUCACCAAUCCAUCCGGGAGAAUAUCCGGGCGCUCAAAUUACGCAUUUCCGAGCCUGGUAUGCUCGGGUCUUUGACCGACCUAGUCAUGGGUGGUACCGAUGCCGGCGACAGCGGUUCCCAGCUUGGGCUCGAGCUGGGAAAGACUCUAGACAUGUCUGCCGUGGAGAUGUUCUGUGGCGAGCUGAUGGAGAGCUGGGAGGAGGGACUCGCUGGACUCCUUACCGUGACUCUAUGA